AUGGCUAAUAUCGACGAUCAUACAUCUGAAUGUUCAGAAAUCAAUGCUGUCGAUGGUUGUACAACAUUACAACAAUUAUGGUCUUGUACAUUUAUUCAUUGGUCUUUGAUUGAUAUUUUCAUAUAUUUUACUCAUAAAUUCAUAACGAUUCCACCACCAGAAUGGAUUCAAGCUUGUCAUCGAAAUGGUGUUUCAUGUUUCGGUACAAUUGUCGUUGAAGAAUGGGCUAAAUAUGAUGAUGAUGGUGGACAACAGAUUGAUGGAAAACAGUUUCUUGAUAAAAUAUUGGCCAAUAAUGAUCUAAUUGAUAGAUUUAUAGAUGCUUUGAUAAAUAUUCAAUCAUUUUAUAGAUUUGAUGGUUGGUUAUUGAACAUUGAAACUUCGAUCGAUUUGGAUAAAAUUUCUCGUAUGAAAUAUCUUAUUCAACGAUUGAAAUUUAAAAUGAAAUCUACAUUUUCAGAUAAUGAAGAUACACAAAUCAUUUGGUAUGAUUCUGUUACUCGAACCGGUAAACUUGAAUGGCAAAAUGAAUUGAACGAUAUGAAUGAAACCUUUUUCGAAGAUUCUGAUGCAAUUUUUCUUAAUUACACUUGGAAAAAUGAAAAUCUUGUAAAUAGUCGCAAUAAAGCUUGUGAAUAUCGCAGGCAAUAUGAUUGUUAUGUUGGUGUUGAUUGUUAUGGUCGUGGUUGUUUUGGUGGCGGUGGUCUUGAUGGAACAUGGAAAGCUAUUGAAAAAAUUCUCGACAAUAAUCUUUCCGUUGCUAUAUUUGCACCCGGUUGGACACAUGAAUCGAAAAUCUGUUCCGAUGAUCUUUUUAUUCGACAUUCGAAUAAUGAUGAUGGUGAUGAAAGACACGAUAAUUGUCAGAUGCCAUAUUGGAAACUAAUACAAUCAACGGCCAACAUAUACAGUAUGGAAGAUGAAUUUGAAUUUUGGUCAAGAAUUGCUAUCAAUGGACGAUUAUUGGAAAUAUGUGAAAAACUUUUGACCACAUUACCAUUGCAAACAUGUUUUAAUAUUGGUCAUGGUUAUGGAUAUUAUCAAUAUGGUAAUCGUAUCGAAUCAAAACCAUGGUUAAAUUUUCAUCAUCAUGAUUUACAAACAUCAUUAUUUAUUGAAAAAAAUGAAUGGAAAAAUGAUUAUUAUCGUUUAUCGAUUUCAUAUGAUCAACCAUAUAAUGGUGGUUCAUCAUUACUAAUUGAUUUAUACAAUAUUAUCCAACAACCAUUGAUACCAAAACCGAUUACAUUAUUUCGAACACAUAUACCAAUCGAUGAUUCGAUGAAAUUUCGAUAUCGAUUUGUUUAUAAAUUUCAUCAGAAUAAUUAUGAUAAUAAAAAAUGGUUGCAAGAAAAUUUAAAAAUUCGAACCAUCAUCAAUUAUUUUCAUCGUAACUCUGAAAUGGGUGAUGAUAAUUAUUCAGCCAUAAUUAUCGAAUCUGAUGGAUGGUAUAUUCGAAAACCUGAAGAAGAAAUCCUUGAUGAUGAUAAUAAUAUGAUUCGAAAAUCAUUUUCAAGUAUUCAUUCGAUCAUCAAUGAUUGGCAUUUGAUUGAAAUCUGUAUUGAUUUUCAUGAUAAUUUUAAUGAAAUUAUUUUGACAAAAUUUCAAAUCGAACCAUAUAUUUUAGGUGAAAUGAUGUUGGAAAAUUUUUCAUCCAAAAUAUUUUUCGGUGAAUUUUAUUUUGAUAAAUUUUUUCAGUAAUAUUGAUAGACACAAGAUGGCGUCAUUUAUAUGAUUUAUUCAAAUUUUCUAUUUGUUCGAAAAUGUGUGUGAA